UCCUCUUUUUCUCUCUUUCCACGUUUUCUAGUGUUUAUUUGUGUAUGCCUUUAAUAAUGCCGAAUCUUCAUGUCUAGUAAUUUUGAUCCUGGAUUCUGUAGUAUGGGAGUGCCUUUUUAAAAAAAACAUUUCUUUAAUUUAUGAAUUUCAGUCCAGAAUCAGAUUAAUUUUGUACAAUUUCGUGAAACUCGACUCCAUUUGUGGUGCUCGUUGCUUUUAAGAAAAUUUGAAAAAAUUGGAACAGAUGUGGUGUAAAAGAGGGUAGUCUGUGAAUGUCGUGUUUUACCAGUUACAAUUGGAUGUAGAUGCAGCACUUGAUGGUGGUAAUGGGUUGAUGGAAGCAUCGGUACAAGGGGACGUAACGUCACGUGAAGCUGAGAGAAAUGCAGAACCUUAUGUUGGUAUGGUGUUUGAAACAGAAGCUGCUGCUAGAGCAUACUACAAUGAAUAUGCUGGCCGAGCAGGAUUUUUGACCCGCAUUAUAUCGUCCAGUAAAUCAGAGGGGGAUGGCUCAUUUGUAUCAUGUGGGUUUGGUUGUAGAAGCAUUCCUACUAGCCAAAAGACAGGUAAUGUGUCAAAUGAAGGUGGACAAAAACGAAGGGGUGGUUGUACUGCAACACUCUUAGUAAAACAAGAUAAUGGAGGGAGGUGGGUUGUCAAGAAAUUCGUGCGAGACCACGACCAUCCUUUGGUAGUUUCACUUCCCAGGAGAUGCCCUACUUUUGAUGAGAAAGACAAAAGGAUUCAGGAGUUAACUGCUGAAAUAAGGGUAAAGAAACGUCUGAGUGCAGCAUAUAGGGAGCAGCUACUUAUUCUCAUGAAAGAUGUUGAAAGUCAUACUGAUCAUAUAACAUCAAAAGUUCAAAUGACCCGCAAUAAUCUGAAAGAACUCGAAGAGAGAAGGCAGCAGCUUUCAAACCACAAAAAACCAAGUUUGUAGG